AUGGAGCUUAACCUAUUCGCACAUGAGGCUCUGCAGCUGACGGUAGAGGGUCUCGGUGAUGCAAUGUUUAUCAACCUCAGAGACCCAGAGAAUGAAAGUGCCGAACUUCUGGCACAUUUGCAAAAACUGUACCAUCAACGCGUCGAAAGAGAUCAGGCUCGGUCUUCAUACGGAGCCGAACCCUACUCCCGCUCCAGCUCGUUCUCUGCCACCCCUGUGAUUGACGAAGAAGAAGACAGUCGGGAGUGCUGGCGAGUCGAACAGGAAUCCUACAAAGAGCUGGUGGCAGAUGGUGGCCGGCCAUCUCAUCCACUUAGCUUUGGAAUUGACGAACCGAAAGAACCGGGGGAGUACAAGGACAUUAUUUGGUUUUGGCGCUGUACUUGUGGGUAUUCAUGCGCAUACACCGGUCAGCGAAACAGAUGGAAACAGUUCCGACAGUUUCAAGAUCAGAUGCGGAGAUUUUACGUGCCGCGAAACAGAUUCCAAGAGUAUAAAAACACCAUCCAAAGAAGUCAGGCAGAAAUAGCACACCAAUGGGACCUUCGAGUGCUUGAAGACCGACACCGACAAGAUCGACUGGAGGACUGGAAUGAAUUCCGAGCCUUCUAUUUCCGAAAGCUCAAGCAGGCCGAGAGGCGAAUUGAGCCCGCAAAGCAGGAACUGGCACUGGAUGAGAAAGCGUGGGCAGAUGGUCGAAUACGAUUCUACGAUGCUAUCGCCGAUAGCGACGUCGUAUAUGGCCGGCUAAAUGAUAUUAUCGCGUCGGAACACGAGAUUGCUAAAGCGAAGUCGAGAGUGGAAUCAGCCGAGAAGGCAUCGCAGGCAGCAUUGAGCAGGUCAGACACGAGAGCGGUGGAGAUAGCGGAACAGGAACUCUUCGCAGCCAAGGCGGAAUUGGAAGCGGUUUCUGGGUCUGACGAAUUGAGGAGACUCCGUGAUGGCUACGAUCUCAUAAUACUCGAAAGAAGAGUUCGAAUUGCGCAAGGUCACCUCAGGGGGCUUGAACUGGAUGUCAAAAUGUGGACCACAUAUGUAAAGUGGAUCGACGAUCAAUAUCUAGCUAUCGCUGCUGAAUGCGGACAUCCUGUCAACAAUGGGAACCCUUCAUUGGGCGAAUCUUUGUGGAAUGCCAGAGAUGAGGAGACGCGAAACCUGCGUCCUCGACCACAUCGGCGUGAUCCUGCUCGAUCAAAGUCUGUCCUCGGUUCGAAUCACUCGUCCAGGAUAUCCAAACCCGACAAGACAAAGCCGAGUCGACGACACAAUACACAGUCAUCGUGUUCUAGCGACCCAGAGCCGAGUAUGAUUCAGAGUGCUGUGGGGGACGCGCAGCCACCGCGUCGAAGCACCCGACUACAGAAUCUCCACGCCAAAAAGGCCGCUCAAGUUCCCGGGAAGAGCAUUCUUGGUCCUGUAAGUCCGUCCAGGGUGACCAAAGUCAAAUUGGUGCCAAACACAAAGAAACGGGAUAUCAGUUCAGGACGACGACCUAGACAACGUGAACAGCCAGCCACCAAUAAGGCCCACACGAAACCCAAGUGCCUCGAGCAAAAUAACGACGUCCGCAGAUCCCGUCCGCGAUGA